AUGUCCAAUGACGCAAUGUCGGUUUACUCCCAAGAUGACGAGCACGAUCCCCAAGCAGACGAGCUCCGCGAGACAACACUGGUGACGCUGGAAGCUUUGAUCAGCUCCUGCAGUCAUCAGAUGCAGCCAUAUCUCUCGAAUACUAUCACCUCCGCGCUUAGGUUUCUCAAGUACGAUCCCAACGUGGCAGACAAUGAAGAGGACGAAGAGAUGGGCGGUACCCAGGACGAUGGCUCCGACGCAGAGCUUGAUCUCGAAGACGAUGACGAGUUUGAGGAUUUCGAGGAAGAAGGAGGAUAUAGCGAUGUAGAUGAUAUGAGCUGGAAAGUCCGGCGAUGUGCUGCUAAACUCCUCUACAGCGUCAUCUCGACAUACGGUAGAGGAAAGGCACUGGACGAUGCAUCCUUAUACCAGCAGAUUGCACCCGCACUCAUUGCCCGCUUCAACAAAGAAAGAGAAGAGAGCGUCAAACUAGAAGUCAUCUCCACUAUGACAGCACUUAUUCGAAAGACCAGCGAAGGGGCUGUCAUUGUCACGUCGAGUGGGUUCGAUUCAGUCGGCGGUUCCAAGAACUCCCGGAAGAGAAGACGCCAGGACAGCGAUGCCAGCGGUAUUGGAUUCGACCCAAGCAUUGGCACCCCGUCGGCUGUCGAUUCACCAGUCAUCAACCCAUCAACUCCAGAGUCUGGUCCACAGGCCGAUCUGGCACGCUCGGUUCCGACAAUUGUGCAGAGUGUCGUGAAGAUGUGGAAGCAAGCCUCGGUGCCUCUGAAGCAAGCAAUUGUGAUUCUAUUGAAGAGUCUGGCGCUCGUCCGUUAUGGCGGAUUGGCAGAACAUCUCCAGCAGAUUGAAGGGUCUAUUGUGGAUGCACUCAAAACAUCUUCCCUCUCUGGUAGUUCAGCAGCACCGUCCGGCACUGCAGUUAGCGCAGGAACACUCCAGAUCGAAACUCUUGGUCUCAUUGCUGCGAUUGCUGAAACGCAUACUUCGGAUUCUCUUUUGUCAUUCCUCCUUGCACUGAUCCCUGGUGUGAUUGGAGCGGUUGAUGAGCGAAACUACAAGGUCAGCAGCGAAGCUCUUGGUGCUGUCGAGCAGAUCGUGAAAGCUCUCACACCACCUCGUAUUUCAGCAAGCGCUCAAAAUGUUGCACCUCAGUUGGAGAAGCUGUACGAUGUGGUUCUUGCCCGUAUCACUAACACAAGUGCUGACCUUGAAGUCCGCCAGCGUGCUAUCCACGUUUUUGGUGUUCUCCUAGCACGGACUGCUGGAGAAAGAGGGACCACUUUUCUCGCUUCUGGGAGACGAUCUCAUGGUCUUUCCAUUCUGGUGGAUCGUCUCAGGAACGAAACCACUCGGCUUUCCGCUGUUCGGGCUGUUGAUGAUGUCGCGGUCUUGUGCAGCCGUGAGACGGAUGUUUCUGCGUCGUGGGCGAAUGAAGUGACACUGGAACUCAGUGCUCAACUACGCAAAUCAGACCGUGCUCUCCGGGGUGCCAGCUUGGAGGCACUGCGCAGUCUAGCUAUGAAUUCCAAGACCAGGGCCCACUUGGACCAGAAUACCAUGAAGGAAUUGAGCGGGUGUCUUUUGCCGCUCAUCAGCGCCGAGGACUUCCAUCUCCUCACCCCCUCUCUCAUAAUCCUAGCGAAACUCGUUCCAGGAAAUUCUAAGUUUUUAGUCGAUGACGGUCUAGUCUCGGCUAUCUGUUUGAUUGUCGUCCAUUCGCUUGUUGGUACUGUCCUUAGGGCAUUGCUGCUUCUGGUCAAGGUUAUUGGUGAGGAAGGUGCUGGCGCAGAGCUCAUGAAAAAGCUUUUGCGGGAUGUUGGGAUCAACGGUGACACAUCCGUUGUCGGAAGAGCGAUUGGCACCCUUCUGGUGCAUGGUGGCUCAAAAUUGGGGGUCAAGAUGGAGGAUUUCCUGACAGAACUGCAAACCUCUCAGGAUGCGCAACGCAAGUGUCUUGCUCUCGCCAUUCUCGGAGAAAUCGGACUUCGCAUGGGCGUCAAGUGCUCGUUGACUCCUGACUUAUUCAUCACUCAUUUCAAUUCCAAGUCAGAUAAGGUUCGUUUGGCUGCUGCUACUGCUCUUGGUAAUGCAGCAGCAGGCAACGUCAAGGCCUACCUGCCCAUCAUCAUGGAUGGAUUGUCCAAGUCCAGCCAACAAAGCUAUUUAUUACUUCACUCUGUGAAAGAGUUGCUUCUCCACCCCGAACUCGUGCGUCCCGAUGUUGCCCCUUCAGCAAUGAAGCUGUGGCAGGCACUUCUUGUUGUCUCGGAGGAAGAGGACAACCGUGCUAUUGGAGCGGAAUGUGUUGGGCGACUGGCAUUGAUCGAUCCGGUUGCCUACAUCCCUCAUUUCCAGGAAUAUCUCUCCAAUGAGGACCCGACGAUCCGUGGAGUUGUGAUUUCCGCUUUCCGCUACACUCUGUCGGACUCGAGCGAUACCUACAGUGACGUUUUGAGACCGUUGAUCGUGCCGCUGUUGGUCAACAUGCUCGGCGACCGGGAUCUGGGUAACCAUCGUCUGGCUCUGACAACCCUCAACUCUGCAAUUCACAACAAGAUGAAAAUAAUUCUUCCUCAUCUUAACGAACUGCUCCCGGCUGUCUUCGGUGACACUCAUGUCAAGCCGGAACUCAUCCGCCAGGUCCAGAUGGGCCCAUUCAAACAUAAGGUUGACGACGGUCUUGAGCUGCGGAAGAGCGCCUAUGAAACCCUCUACGCCUCCCUCGACACCGCCUUCUCGCGCGCCUACGUUUCAGAAUUCUACGACCGCAUUCUUGCCGGAAUCGAAGAUGAACAAGACAUCCGCACCAUCUGCAACCUAAUGACCUCCAAGCUCAUUCCUCUCGCACCAGAGGAGACACAACGCUACCUCGACCCGCUGGCAGAGCGGUACACUGCCGUCCUUUCCUUCAAGCCCAAGGACAACGCCGUCAAGCAGGAAAUCGAAAAGGCACAGGAAGCAUCCAUGGGUGUCCUCAAGAUCACGCGGGAUAUCAGCAAGGCGUUCCCGAAUGCUGAGAUCACGGGUGAGAGUCACAAGUGGAAGACUUAUAUGGAGUGGGUUCGCAAGACGUUUACCACGCAGUUCAAGAGCUUGGAAUUGGAGGUCUAG